CCUCAUGCCUCAAGAGUCCUCCUCCCCAGUGAACUGCCCUGGAACACAAAGACUUUCCCCCCUCCUAGUGAAGGGAGGGGUGGGGGUUUCAGCCCCACCCUCAGGAAGAUGCGUCUUCUGCCUCCCCUGCUCGGUAGCACUUCCUCUCUGGCUGACUUGGCUGACAGCACCCAGACCCGGGGCCAGGACCCUGGCACUGGGACAGAUCCAGGGAUAGGCUACACCACUUUGCCCUGACCCUGGGAUUGGCACCACCUUCCAAACAGUCCCUGGCAAAGCUUGUAAGUUUCUCCAAUGGCAACAAACACUACCUCUCCUGUAGCAUCCUCCUCACUUAAUGUCAUGUUCAUCUUUGCGCUGGCUAUCAUCCUAUUGUCGGUGGCGCUGGCUGUGGGGCUCCCUGGCAACAGCUUUGUGGUGUGGAGCAUCCUGAAAAGGAUGCGGAAGCGCUCCGUCACUGCCCUGCUGGUGCUGAACCUGGCCCUGGCCGACUUGGCUGUAUUGCUCACUGCUCCCUUUUUCCUCCACUUCCUGGCCCGAGGCACCUGGAGGUUUGGACUGGCCGGCUGCCGCCUGUGCCACUAUAUCUGCGGAGUCAGCAUGUACGCCAGCGUUCUGCUGAUCACCGCCAUGAGUCUGGACCGCUCGCUGGCGGUGGCCCGCCCCUUUGUGUCCCAGAAGCUGCGCACCAAGACGACUGCCAGGCGGGUGCUGGCAGGUAUCUGGGUGGUGUCCUUCCUGCUGGCCACGCCCGUCCUCGUGUACCGCACGGUGAUCUCGGUACAGAACAACAGGAGCCUGCACUGCUCUUUGAACUACACCAACGAAGGCCACAGGGCCUUCCAUCUGCUCUUCGAGGCCGUCACGGGCUUCCUGCUGCCCUUCAUGGUCGUGGUGGCUAGCUACUCCGACAUCGGGCGCCGGCUGCAGGCCCGGCGCUUCCGCCGCAGCCGCCGCACCGGGCGCCUGGUGGCGCUCAUCAUCCUGGCCUUCGCGGCCUUCUGGCUGCCCUACCACGCGGUGAACUUGGCCGAGGCGGGCCGCGCGCUGGCCGGCCAGCCUGCGGGGUCCGGGCCCGUGGGGCAGCGGCUGAGCCUGGCCCGUAAAGUGCUCAUCGCGCUCGCCUUCCUGAGCAGCAGCGUGAACCCCGUGCUGUACGCGUGCGCCGGCGGCGGCCUGCUGCGCUCGGCCGGCGUGGGCUUCCUCGCCAAGCUGCUGGACGGCACGGGCUCCGAGGGGUCCAGCGCCCGCCGCGGGGGCACCCUGGGCCAGACCGUGAGGGGCGCCCCCGCGUCUCCGGAGCCCGACCCCGCCGAGGGAAGCGAACUGAACUAGGCCUGGUGGAAGGAUGCUCAUUUUCCUCCCAGCGGAGUGCCCCACUCCCCCACUCCGGGCUGACCCAUUUCUGUACCCGGAGGAGGAGCAGGGGCGUGGCGGCGGGGGUGGAGCAGAGGAAGAGGGAGGGAUGGGGCGAGAGAGGACAGAGUGAGCGCAUGCUCCAGCCUGGCUCCUGUGGUCAGCUUUACCACUAAAACUGAAGUCUGAAGUCGGGUCAACCCUGCAAGUGGGGCAUGUGUUAGGGGCCAUUGGGGUGCUUGCAGGCGUCCUGAUAGGGUUUCUCUCAGUAGCUGAGAGUCACAUCCUUUAGUUCCCCAUGAUUUACAAUUUUGGAAGGGACACAAAGACAGACAUAGAACCCCCCUCCCUUGAUUCUGAAGUAGGUGGUCUGCAGAUCAUACUUAGAAAAACACAGUUUAUGGACUCCUAAAGGAGCUUGUCCAGGAAGACCAUGCAUGUAGCUUUGUCACUCCAGAAUCUGUGACUCAGGGACCUUCUGAGAAAACACUGCUGUGAACAGUCUUCCCUGAAGCCUGUGAUAAGUAUCCUUGUUAGCAUGACUUCAACUUCCUGCCAGUAAUCUUCCUCUUUCACUUGAAGACCAAGUCACCACCAGAUCUUAUGCCCUAGAAUCCUGCACAUCAGCAUCUGCCCGUCCCGGCAACAUGUGGCCACGGGCAGCCCUAGGAAGCAAAGAUUCCCAUAGGAAAGAGACGCGUUAUUAUUUCCUAGGAGUGACUGUUACCUUAGAGAACCUUGGCCCAGCUCUGGUCUGACAAAUUUUAGGAAGAUGGCAGUAGCAGUGGCAGCAAUGUACUUUUUGUAUCUUUCCCACGAAAAAAUGAAAUAGUGACUAGGAGAGCAAAACCAAAAAUCCAUGUGCAAGAUAUGCAACAAACUAGGAUGUCAAGAUAUCUCCCAUGGACCCAAAAAUAUGAGCCCAUGAGAGUGAAACAUCGAUGCCAUGAUACCCACCAAUAGGUCAGCGUCUGCACGGAAGGAUGUGAAAGGAAGCAGGAGUGCCUCUGAUGGGCCCGAGGACAGGAGAGCCCCAAACUAUCUCCAGGUCCUUACCGGAAAUCAGGGUGGGCCAGUCUGAGAACAGCAGCUGAAACUGGGAGAGACCUGGUAGAUUAUUUUCAGGCCUCUUGCCCAUUCUGCACAGUAAGCACAUAAUAUGUGCUUAUCUGGUGUUUGUUGAAUGAAUAAAGGUCAAAUGACGUUUCCCCAGA